AAUUCCACCCCGUCCUCCCGACCAUUUCGAAGAAGAAACUGCAGCGAAUGUGGCGUAUUUUAACAGAGUGAGUGCGAAUUGGCACAAAAUGCUACGGAAUAUUGUAGCAAGGACCAUUCAAACCGCCCAGGUGGGGGCUAGAACUUUGACCCCGCUCAAAACUACGGUAGUUUGUAGUGGGCACGAUAUUGCGUCGAAAUUGAAGAGUUCAAGAUGUCUGGAGCAACUCCGGGGUGUCCACGUCGGCCUGGCCAACACCAAAGCAGAGGACCGUAAGGAAAUGUUGGCCUCGAUGCCCAAGAUGGACGAGGGCACGGAAGGCGAAGUUUCUAUUGACAUAGACUCCAACAUUCGAGGGUUUGGUGGCAUGUUUCCGGAUGAAAAUACUCCAGACUUAAUAUUUGAUGGGGUGCGCUUUGCUGAUCUUCCUAUAUUACAUGCGAAGUUUUCGAAAAAUAACACACUUCUGAUCCUUACUGAUGCUAAAGGUGUGGUUAAACUGACUCGAUCAUGUGGCCUGGAAGGAUUUAAGAAUGCACGUAAAGGCACCAAUAUUGCAGCUCAGGCUACAGCAAUCAGUAUGGCUACGAGGGCACUAGACAGAGGGAUGAAGAAUGUACGCGUUAAGGUGUAUGGACUAGGAGCAGGUCGAAUGUCUGCUAUGAAGGGGUUGACGAUGGGAGGCUUGAAUGUUGUCUCCAUCACAGACAGCACUCCAAUAAUGUUCACAGACUCUCCACGGCCUAGGAAGGCCAAGAAGCUCUAGUCACUUAACCCUCAAUCGUAGCUGCUCAAUUAUGUCAGUUUAAACAAAAUAUUGUCUAUGGAAAGUCGUAUCUCAAUUUGAUUUUCCAGGUGUAAAUAGUGUUUAGCCCAUUUUCAUCGAUAAUUAUUGAUUGUGUAAAACUUUCUAAUGACUGAUUAUACAUGUAUUAUAAAUAAAUAAGUUAAUUAUU